CCGUCUUCUGGCACGGGAGAAGCCGGGAAGGACAAAGAUCAUAAAACAGCACAUGGUUAUCUUUGUCCCCCUUGGAUGGUAUAAAUGUUUUUAGUGUUCUGGGCUGACUGCGUGUGUUCUGCUCGAUGUAUUAAUUUUAUCGGGAGAAGCGUGUCGGAACUUGCUGCGAGUAGCGAAAAUACUUUCCGUUGUUAAGGUAUGGGUUGUAUUUUACUCAUUUGUGGCUAUUUUCGCAGUCAGGCUUUGCUCAUGCUCCAUUGACAGUCAGAUGUGCCGAAUAAAAAGCGACACGAAAUCGCGUCUUAAACUUUGUGAUGUCGGAGAAGCAAACCAAGCACUUGUUAGUUCUGUAUUGAGCUGCUCUUUUUGUUUACAGAGUGAAAUCAGGAAUAACCGUGGUAGGGGAAAGGAAUUUGGGAAGGAUCCUGUGCUGUUUUUAGGGGGAGGGGAACGACUCUGAGUUUCAGGUGGGAGUCUGGGUGCUUUGUUCCAUUAGGGUCAUGGGUCGUAAGAAAGCAUGCAGUCAUCUGACCUCUGUGGAAAUGCUGCUCAUCUGCCUCUUCGUACUAAUGACCGGGGUCUCUGUCAGCCUCAUCGUCGUUUUGGCUGUGAAACUGACUUCCGACGCACCUGUGGAAGACUUGAAGCCUAUUCCUACGCCCACCUGGACGCCCAGUGAGAAUUCCUUUGUCAUUGGCGUUGGCCGAGCAGAUUGUACGGGACCCGUUGGGGAGGUUCCACUGAUGGGCUACGCCAAUUUGGACCAGACUGCUGGAGGAAUCCACACUCGCCUCUUCAGCCGAGCCUUCAUUGUGGAUGACGGGAGCAGACGGGUGGUGUUUGUGAGCGCGGACAUAGGGAUGGUCUCCCAGAGGCUGCGGCUGGAGGUACUGAAGGAGCUCACGGCCAAAUAUGGUGACCUUUACAGACAGGAUAACGUGGUCCUGAGUGGGACUCACACACACUCUGGCCCGGCUGGGUACUUCCAGUACACAUUGUUCAUGAUUACCAGCAAAGGCUACAUAAAGCCCUCUAUCGAAGCCCUCGUCAACGGCAUUGUGAAGAGCAUCGACAGGGCUCACCAAAAUAUGAAGCCCGGGAGAAUCUUCAUGAACAAAGGGGAGAUCCAAGGGAGCAACUUGAAUAGAAGUCCACAGGCAUACCUGAACAACCCUGCAGAGGAGCGUGGCAGGUAUAAAUCCAACACUGACAGCCAGAUUGUUGUUCUGAAGUUUACAGAUAUGGAUGGAGAUGGAUUGGGAGCUCUCAGCUGGUUUGCUGUUCAUUCUGUCAGUAUGAACUUAACCAAUCGUAUGGUGAGUUCGGACAACCUGGGGUACGCCUCCUACCUGUUUGAGCAAGAGAAAAAUCCUAGUUCCCUACCUGGACAGGGGCCGUUUGUGGCAGCCUUCUCCUCUAGCAAUGAGGGAGACGUUACUCCAAAUACCAAAGGUCCUUACUGCGUCAACACGGGAGAGUCAUGUGACUAUCUCAACAGUUCCUGUCCUAUUGGUGGAACUAAGAUGUGCGUCGCUCUGGGACCAGGAACAGACAUGUUUGAAAGCACAAGGAUUAUUGGAGAAAGCAUGUAUAAUAAGGCAAAGGAACUGUACAGUAACAUGCAUCAGGAAUUGCAUGGGGCUGUCCACGGGGCGCACCAGUGGGUUAAUAUGUCAGAUGUUACGGUUCAGAUCAACACCACACACACGGGAAAAACCUGCAAACCUGCUCUGGGCUACAGCUUCGCAGGUGGGACUAUUGACGGAGGUGGUGACCUCAAUUUCACGCAGGGGAUGGUGGAGGGGGAUCCGUUCUGGGACGGCAUCCGAGACGCACUGCUGGGAGUGCCGUCGAAUGAGACCCGUAAAUGCCACAGUCCCAAACCCAUCCUCUUCAACACUGGAGAGAUGAAGAAGCCUCUCCCAUGGCAUCCCGAUAUCGUGGACGUCCAGAUCAUCACCAUCGGCUCCCUUGCUAUCGUGGCCGUACCUGGAGAAAUGACGACAAUGUCAGGAAGAAGGAUCAGGGAGGCAGUGAAGCAGGAAAUGGAGAAGAGCUCCACUUUUGCCAAUGCGGAGGUUGUGAUCGCUGGACUGUCGAAUGUCUAUACGCACUAUAUCACCACCUACGAGGAAUAUCAGAUCCAGCGAUACGAGGGGGCGUCCACCAUUUAUGGCCCUCAUACUCUCUCAGCUUAUAUUCAGUGUUACAGAGGUCUGGCCAAGGCCAUCGCUGAGGGUAAGGUUGGUGAGCUUCCCAGAGGUCCUGAGCCCCCGUUCUUUGCAGAGAACCAGCUCAUCUCCUUGUUACCUGCUAUCAUGCCGGACAAAGCACCCCCCAACUCCACGUUCGGGGAUGUCUUGGAGCAGGUUAUGCAGAACUACAGACGGGGGGAGGUUGCGUCUGUGACGUUUGUCAGCGGAAAUCCCCGGAACUCAGGAGACAUGAGGGAGAAGACGUUCGUCACUGUGGAGAAGUAUGACAACAAAACACAGAUGUGGGAAAUAGUCCAAACAGAUGCCUCGUGGGAGACAAGGUUUCACUGGGUGAAGGGCAAAAAUCAGCUGAGCAACGCCACCGUGGAGUGGCAUAUUCCCCCUGCCGCUCUGCCCGGAUCCUACCGAAUCCGCCAUUUCGGCCAUUUUAAGAAGAUGGUAGCCCUGAAACCUGUUGUAACCCCCUAUGAGGGAACAUCAGAUAUGUUCGAGGUCUCCUAGAAGAAGUCGUCUUGAAAGCACUCUUUAGGUAAAAACAUGUACAUUAGUUACGUCGUUUUUCAUCUUGUAAUUCUGAUUAAAAAUAACGGAAUGUGAAA